AUGAUAUUCGCCUUCAUUCUAUCAGUCUCGUCGCAACUUCAGUACUACCGUCCGGAUCACAGCAUCAUCGUUCCCGAAUCCAUGCGGAACUCUAUAAACACCGCGAGAAGUGGUUUGGGCGCUUUUGUGACACGCAGAAAAGAUCCAGAGGGCGCUGAGAUCGUCGGCACGCGGAGGUUUCGUGGGCGUAUUAACGCAGUCGCAGCUGCAAGGAGACUUUGGAGUCGUGUCUUCAAGAGCGAGAAUCGAACGAACGAGGCAGGUCCGUCUGUAUUGAGGGUCGUUCCGAGCGUCAACUCUGCUCUGGGUGUGACAGCGCAGAUGAUGGAUCCUGUAACAGUACAUACAUGUGAUAUUAACGCCUUGGCUGAAAAUUGGGAUGUCGGCUUGUUCCCUGGUUCCUUUCCUUCUGACGAGACUCUUCAAGGUUUAGUCGUCAGCUCUUCCGACCAAGCUUCCGCCGACGACGCUGCAAUAGUACCUCUUCCUCUACAGUUUGCUGAAGAGAUUCAGCAGCUCGGAAGGAAGUCAUCUCCUCCCAUCGUUACCGAUUCCAGCCCCUACCAAGAGUCCGACCUUUCUUGCGAAACCGCCUCUCCUACCGGUAACACAGCCGUCAGCACCAUCCACCACUCGCUGUCACUCUUUCCUCGCACUUCUUCCACACGCGCACACUCACCCGACUGGAUACCCGCUCCUGAUAAUCCUCGCCGCUCGCUAGACACUCUCGCCAUCGGAUCCCGGCCAGGUUCGGAGGUGACCUCCAAACCUCACAGCGACAUCGACUUACUUGUCAACAGCAUCGAGCGAUUCAGAUUCACCACCCUCGUAAAAUCCACAAUCAUCGAUAACGUGCAGGACACACGGGAUAUCGUCUACAUGACUAGUGCGAAUCUGCUCAAUAUCGGAUGGGACAUGAAAAGGCUACUCGUUAUCUGGUCCAGGAUCACCUCGAACGCACCGGAC